AUGCCGAGAAUUUGGGGGCCUAAGGAAAACCCUGCUCACUUGGCUGCUCCCUCAUGCGCCCUUCCCACUCCCAUUGGUGCUCGGCCCUGCAGGGACCCAGGGGCGCCCCGCUGGCCCGGGCCGGCGGCCCUGCAGGGACCCAGGGGCGCGAGCGACCGGCCGCGCGAGGGCGGGGGGGCGUGGCCUGGCGGCGAUUGGCCGCAGCGCCUGGCGCCGCGUCAUUGCGUCACGGCGCGCGCUGGCGGCGCGGUGUGGGCAGCGCGGCUGUACCGGCUGGCGCGGAGCGGGGCCUGGCCACCGCGGCCGCCCCUUCCCCCUCCGCACCGCGGCAUGGCGGAGCCGGGCCCCGGCCCCAGCGGCGAUAAAGAGGAAGCGGCGCCGGCGCCGAAGAAGCGGCGGCUGGCGGUCGGGGAGCGCUACGUGCCGCCGCCGCGAAAGCUGAGCACGGGGGUGAGCUUCGGCGCGGCGCACUUCGCCGAGACCACCUACUACUUCGAGGGCGGCCUGCGCAAAGUGCGGCCCUACUACUUCGAUUUCUGCACCUACUGCAAGGGCCGCUGGGUGGGCCGCAGCCUCCUGCAGGUCUUCAGCACCGAGUUCCGCGCCCAGCCCCUCGCCUAUUACCGCGCCGCCGCCCGCGCCGGCCGCCUCCGCCUCAACGAGGAGCCCGUGCGCGACCUGGACAUCGUGCUCAAGAAUAACGAUUUUCUUAGGAAUACGGUGCAUCGCCAUGAGCCGCCAGUCACUGCCCAGCCCAUCCAGAUCUUGGUGGAGGACAACGAGGUGGUGGUUGUGGACAAACCCUCCUCUUUGCCGGUACACCCCUGUGGCAGGUUUCGUCACAACACGGUCAUCUUCAUCCUAGGCAAAGAGCAUGAUCUAAAGGAGUUGCAUACCAUCCACCGACUCGAUCGCAUGACCUCGGGAGUACUUAUGUUUGCCAAGACUGCAGAGGUAUCCAAGAGGAUCGAUGAGCAGGUUCGGGAGAGACAGCUGGAAAAGGAGUAUGUCUGUCGUGUGUUGGGGGAGUUUCCAGAACACGAAGUGGUCUGUGAGGAGCCCAUACUGGUUGUUUCUUACAAGGUGGGAGUGUGCCGCGUGGACCCCAAAGGGAAAUUCUGCAAAACCAUCUUCCAGAGACUCAGUUACAAUGGCAAGACCAGCGUAGUCAAAUGUCUUCCACAUACUGGCCGCACGCACCAGAUCCGGGUCCAUUUGCAGUAUUUGGGGCAUCCUAUUGUCAACGACCCCAUCUAUAAUAUGGAAGCCUGGGGCCCCGACAGAGGGAAAGGUGGCAAGAUCGAUAAAACAGAUGAAGAACUCCUUAAGGCACUAGUAGAGGAGCAUCGCUCCAAACAAAGCCUGGAUAUCUUGGGUAUUUUGGAGGAGGACUUGAACUCCAAUGCUGAACAUGAAGACUGUGGUAGUUCAAGUGACUGUGCCAAGUCUGCGCAGGCUGACCCUGAGAACUCCUGCCCUGCCAUGGAUGCUAUGGAUCCCAAGAGAAAUGACAUAGCAGAUUGUCCACUCAGCUCCAACACCGACCUGGAAAUGCCUGAAAAGAAGACAGAACUCAGUUCACAUGAGAAUCAGGAUGGGCAAAGGAGAGAAGAGAGUUCAGAAGAGAAGGACCCUUUGUGUGCAGAGUGUAAAAUUACGAGGCAGGACCCAUCUCCCAAGGAGCUAGUGAUGUACCUACAUGCCUUGCGCUAUAAGGGAGCAGAGUUUGAGUAUUGCUCCAAGAUGCCUGAGUGGGCAAUGGAGGACUGGGAGGAAUGACUGAGGACAUCUGACGCCUACAGACAUUGCUGGCCAGGACAGCAUUUUAUAAAGACCUAAGAUUUAUUUUUUUCAAUGUGGUUGAGGUGAACAAACUGCCUGUGACUUGAGAUGGGGUGGGAUUGUUUGGGCUGGAGAACUGACCUGCCUGCCAACAGGUGCUGUAAAAGUUGAGCAGGAAGAUGGGGCUGUAACAUGAUUUAUGCUGCCCCUUUAGCGAACUAGCACUUCAGGGCAGCAAACACUUACUUAUCACAGGCAGUGUUGCCUUUCACCUCAAUGAGUUCUGGGUUUGCUGUCAAUUAUCCACACAGACAGUUAAGUGCAUGCACUUAAAGGUCAUCAACUGAUUUUUCUUCUGGCCUGCUAUGUCCUUGAGUCUUACAAUAAGAGCUGCUGGGAAGUCAUUUAAUAUGCUGGAUGUCAUGUCAUACAGAAAACUAUUUUUAAUGUAUUUUACUGUCAGACUGAUUUUAAAAUUCAAGUUAUUACUGAGAACGCCAUAAGGUAAAACCAAAGCACUGUGAAGCUGAUCCAUUUUGUGCUGUUUGUCAGCAAGGCAGACCUGGUUUAGAAAUUACUCUUUCAGUAUUCAUUCAAAUAAUUGCUUUAUUUAAAGUUAGUACCUCUAGGGACUAAUCCCUUUAUAUUGGGCCUAUUUCUGGAGGUACUAGUCCCCAGGUUAUACGUUUUUAUGAGAUUUAGAAAUAGACUGAUUUAGUAGACCUUUGUUGCCUUUUUGUUCUGCUGUUUCCUCUGUGACAUAUCUCCUGCCUCUGGCUUCUCUUCGGAGAACCUGUCGAUCUCUAUCCCUUCUGUCUCAUUGAAGACACCCUCAUUCUUGAGCAAAAAUCCGAAUUAGAGGUCAGUCUGCGAACUUCUAUUUUUUUAAUUAUUAUUUUUUAAAUACUGCAGGCAGGUAGGCAGGUUCUUUCUGAUUGGUGUGGAAUUGUUUUUAAUACCACUUUAGUGUGACAAUUAGCUUUAAAGAAAAACAAAAGCUGUUUUAUGAACCAGAAGAAUUUUUAUACGUCUUAUAUUAAUAUAUGUUUUCAGAGUGAUAAAUAUCACUAUAGUUCUUAUUUUCAUCAGUGGUUGUUUCUUGGCCUCUGGGAGGGUCAUUAUUAUAAUUCUGCUGUCUCAGGUUCUUUUUAAUCUUUUUUUUCUGUUUUCUUCCCUCUUUCCUGUAUGUGUCACCAGUGUCACCGACCAGCUCUGGUGGCUGCUGCAGACAAUCCAAACCUUGGCCUGGGAAGAGCCGUGUUUUUUCAGUCCUGUUUGCAGACAGUGGUUUCUAGCCCUGUCACUCCAUAUCCACCUCUCCACACCCGUUGCUACAUAGGGUGCAUGCAGUGUCCUACAUUUCUAAAAUACUAAAGAAGCCUUAAAAAAGAUGAAGAAAGAAGUCCGGAGGAGCCGAUACCGUUCAGCAAGUGUGGCAACAGCCAUGCUGGAGUGUGGUCCAGUCUCGGGUGAUCUCUCCUUGUGCUGUCUGUGCUCUGGGGAGCUCUAGCUGUUUCUCAGGUCCCCGCCCCCCAGGAUGUGGUUUCUGUGUAGAUCUUUUAUUACAAGUUUGCCCAUUUCACACAGGGUACUGGAGAACUGCCUGCUUCACAGGUGUCUGAGUGGGAUGCUGGGGACCUCGGGCUGGCCAAGCCUGCAGGGAUGACUACCUUCCUCCUUGGCAAGGCUCCUAGAAUCACUUGAUGAUGUUACCAGGACCAGGAUUUGUGUACCAAAACAGAAUAAACCACUGCUUUACUUCUUCCAAAAUA